CGCCACUACUUCAAAUUCGCAAGUACUUUACUUAUCCUGAUGGACACUACUACCCGACGACAUACCCCUCUUGCAUUAUCCGUGGCCACAGGCACAUCAUUGUUUGCACAUAUUUCCAGCCCGCUCGCAAAAAUCUUGAAAAUUUCGUUCUUACCUCUCCGUUUUCCCUCCUCCCUCUAUUGAAGCUCCUCCAUUGAUUUGCAUGCUAUAAUGCUGCGACAUAUUGCUAUCGACCGCCUUGGCUCUUGCCACAAUGAUCCCACCAAAUGCAGCUCCUACUGCGGAUUUGGCUUUGUUGCCACAGAGACCAUCAAUGGAGAUUUCGACAAUGUCCCGGUGUUGAGUGUUUGCGGGGUCUGCAAAUGUCCCACUGCGUCUCAUAUCAAGGAUGUACCGGAUCAUCUCAAGGCACCACCGAAGCUCUCUCCUGUCAAUGUCGCCGUCUCUGGCUCUGAUGCAACAUCGGGGAAUAUCAAGCCGACUUUCAAUAGUGCUAGGCCACAGAUUGAUGUCAACGUGACAAAGGAUGCUAUCUACAACUCUCGCUCAUCCGUAGGAAACCCAGCCUUGCGGAGCCAUCCCAACGACACUCCGACUCAGGACAGUGUUCAAUCUGGCUCGACGUUUUCAACCAUGGCAAAAAAAUGUCAUGAGGUGAUGACCCGCGCCAUGAUGAACGACCCCACUAUUGGCGGAGAGACAUUCAAUCCUGCCCAAAAGAGCCAGAUUUCAGCAAUCAUCAGCAAGAACAGCAAAGAUACGAUGCCACCCAAGAAGCGGAAGAAGGCUGCAACUACUACCGAAUCUGAUUCGAAAUCUGGCACCAAGCAGUCGAAGAAGACGAAGGCUUCUUCCUCCCAGGAUGACGACUCGCCCACAGUAUUUAUGAUUGCCCUAGUCAGCGAGAUGUCAGUUGUGUGGUCUGGGAAGUUUGAACGUGUCAGCAUGCAUGCAUUUAUUGCACUUCGUACUGCUCGCUUUGUGCGUGAGGUGCAAAUUCCUAAGAAGGCGACAAGCUUUGUGGUGAUCAGCCUGAUCGAGGAUGCAUUCAAGGAUCUUAUUCGUCCUGGCCGCUGGUGUGUAUUGCAUGGAGAUUCUUCUGCUGAACACAAAGGUCAGCGCACAAUAUUUAAGCCUACAAUCCUGGUAUCCAACAACCAACUUGAUUACAAGGCUCUCAAAUUUUCCGCUUACAACACCCAGCCUCGCGAUGUGAAAAGUGGCGAAUAUCCGAACCUUGUCUGGAUCGGACAUUCACAUAGAGAGCCUGAUAUUCCUGUUCCUUCUGUAUUUGAGCCUGAUUGCAACAUCGAUGAUGAUGUUUCGGAUCCUAGUGAUAAGCAUGCUCCCACUGAUGAUCCCAAAGCUGGCACGAACGGUUGCCAGGAUAUGAACUCCGUGACGCAACCUCUGUUUUUCUGCCUGCGAGUGAUUCCAAGGCUGCAUGGGAUUGUUCCAGCCUACCAGAUGUACCAAGUGAGGUGGCAGGGACAUCCAAUCUAUCUAAUAGCUUCCCCUUUGGUACUGCCGAUCCAGAUUUCAGUCACCUGGCACCGGAUGGAACAUGUCAAGUUCCUCCUUUCAAGUGCCUUUGGGAGCUUGUCUGACCCAAUGCAGAUGUGCCAUGAUACCAUCUGUACUGGUCGAUACGGUCUAGAUGGCUUCUACUCCUUGGUUGUUGUUCCGGUGCUCGAUAAUAUCAAAUAUGACACAGAUGGAUACUCCGACUUGUUGGCUAUUCUCACAAAGCUGUGUAAGGGACUGGCUCGUAAAGCGGGAAAUACUAUCAAGUCAUAUAAGCCACCAUCGGAGGAGAAGCAAGAUAAAGACAAGGUUAGACAAGCGAGCAGAGCAGGGAGGUCUCAAAGGCAGACACGGUCACCGAAGAAGGGUGCGACAUUAAACUCAAAGACUGGCUAUUAUCGACAGAAGAAGUCUAGUGAACAUGGCCAUGAUUACAAAACUGACAGUCCUGAUGACAUGACAAAUACUGACUCACUUGAAUCCGACUACUAUACUAAAGUUAAGCCAAAUCAACCAGAUAUCAAGUUUUGGUGCCAGGUUCGGCAUUCAGAGAGAGUAGUGCCAGACCCAAAACCAACAUUCACCUAUGUCCCAGGCUCUUCAAGCGAAGACCAGUCCAAGUACAACUGGGAUGACUUCGACGCAAUCUCAGACAAGUAUUCAUGAUUAGGUAGAAAGCCGAAGAAGGACAGCACAAACACAUUCUCAUCGAGACACUGGGCAGCUGGUCCACCAGGCUCUGUCAAACCAAAACCCUCUGCACGAUAUCCAGGAAAGCGACCCUUCUCAGCUUCUUCUGGAUGAUCUAAGAAGUCAUCUGGUUCGUUUCCCAAAGCAUCCUCAGAGAGCACCACCCCGAAGCCAGGAUCAUUGUCUAAACCAAGACCAUUGCCUAUCAGUGUCGCCAAGGUGCCACCCUCUUGAGUUCAAGAAGUGCAAGAACUUGCAAAUACACACACAAGGAUCCCGACAUCAAGUGGCCACAUUUUCUCUCAGGAUUACUUAAUGAUUUCGGCCACCCAGAUCCCAACUGCAAACCACGACUGACAGAUAUUUUCAAGGACAGUAU